CUGAAACAGCAGUGGACUGCUUGAGCUAGCACUCGCGAUACCGCUCGCCUAUGGACCGCCAAGCUUAAUGAUGUAUUUUGUGAUUUCAGCUAUGAAAGCUCAAAUCGAAAUAAUUCCCUGCAAGAUCUGUGGAGACAAAUCAUCAGGCAUCCAUUAUGGCGUGAUAACGUGUGAGGGCUGCAAGGGUUUCUUCAGGAGGAGUCAGCAGAGCAAUGCGGCGUACUCAUGCCCGCGUCAGAAGAACUGCCUGAUUGACCGCACCAGCCGGAACCGCUGCCAGCACUGUAGGCUGCAGAAGUGUCUGACCGUGGGCAUGUCACGUGACGCGGUGAAGUUUGGCCGGAUGUCAAAGAAACAGCGGGACAGCCUCUAUGCAGAAGUGCAGAAACACCGGCUCCAGCAGCAACAGCGGGACCACCAGCAGCAGCCCGGUGAGGCAGAGCCCCUUACCCCAACCUACGGCCUCUCCACCAAUGGCCUGACCGAGCUCCACGAUGAUCUGAGUGGCUACAUGAACGGCCACACGCCCGAUGGCACCAAGCCCGACUCGGGCGUCAGCAGCUUUUACCUGGACAUCCAACCCUCGCCUGACCAGUCCGGCCUGGACAUCAAUGGCAUCAAGCCAGAACCCAUCUGCGACUUCACCCCGGGCUCGGGCUUCUUCCCCUACUGUUCCUUCACAAAUGGGGAGACAUCCCCCACCGUUUCCAUGGCCGAGUUGGAACAUCUGGCCCAGAACAUUUCCAAGUCCCACAUGGAGACGUGUCAGUACCUGAGAGAAGAACUCCAGCAGAUGACCUGGCAGGCGUUCCUUCAGGAGGAGGUGGAGAGCUACCAGAGCAAGCCCAGAGAAGUCAUGUGGCAGUUGUGUGCCAUUAAAAUCACAGAGGCCAUUCAGUAUGUGGUGGAGUUUGCCAAGCGCAUCGAUGGCUUCAUGGAGCUCUGUCAGAAUGAUCAGAUAGUGCUUCUCAAAGCAGGCUCUUUGGAGGUGGUGUUCGUCAGAAUGUGCCGUGCCUUCGACCCUCAGAACAACACAGUCUAUUUCGACGGAAAGUAUGCGGGGCCUGAUGUCUUUAAGUCAUUAGGUUGCGACGACUUGAUCAGCUCUGUCUUCGAGUUUGGGAAAAACUUGUGUUCUGUGCACCUCUCUGAAGACGAGAUCGCCCUGUUCUCCGCCUUCGUGUUGAUGUCUGCAGAUCGAUCCUGGCUCCAGGAGAAGGUGAAGGUGGAGAAACUCCAGCAGAAGAUCCAGCUGGCCCUCCAACAUGUUCUACAGAAGAACCAUAGAGAGGACGGCAUGCUGACAAAGUUAAUAUGCAAAGUCUCCACACUGCGAGCCCUGUGCAGCCGGCAUACAGAAAAGCUGACGGCGUUCAAAGCAAUAUACCCAGACAUUGUUCGCACCCACUUCCCCCCCUUGUACAAGGAGUUGUUCGGAUCAGACUUUGAGCAGUCCAUGCCCAUUGACGGGUAGCGCUUCCCCGCGCCCACCCCGCCCGGGAGAAUUUACACCGUGGGGAAUGUCAAGCAUAAAUCUGAGACACUUUAGCAGUGCCCUGCACAUACACACACCUGGACGGACGACACACUGCACACACACACUUUUCCCCUUUUUUUCUUUGUGAUUUUUUUUUUUUCGUGGGGGAGGAGGUAGUAGACUGGGUUUGACUCCAGUGGUUUAUUUUUGGGGUUUGUUUCCUUCUUUUACUGACACAGGUGGGAUUCGGAGCCCAGGGGAGAGGAUAAGAAGAUGAAGACACUUGUUUUUCCCGAACGCUCCCUCGCUCUCUUUCUCUCUCUGGCUGAACCUGAAGAGUCCACACAUUCAUUUUCGAGAACGGUCCCAUGGCGAUUUGUCACAAUCAGCAUAAAUUGUUUCCAAAACGGAAAAACGAGUCCCGGAGAGCCCUUUUCAAGCCAAGGACAUGAAAUAAAAAGUUGCGAUCAAAAAGUUGAUUAUCCGAACUGUUCCAGCAGUUGUUGUAGCACCAAAAAAGUCUACGUAGAAAAAUACGUUGUUAGCUCCUUCCGCCCUGUGCACUGUUUUCAAACCAGCACCGAAUGAAGAAGAAUACGAAGUGAGAGAGAAAGAGAGAUAUGGAGAAGGAGUGUGAUGUAGAGUCAACACACAACAUCACCUUUCUACAGACAAUUGAGAAAAAAAAAAAAAAGAAGGAACAACGUAGAAUUCUGGUAAUUCUAGUUGCGAUUGCUUUUAGCCGUCAGAGACUCCAUCUACCGUAGUUGCUUAGUGAUAUCGUUUAAGGCCAUCUGCUAUUAAGUCCCUCUCCGGAAUGGUGUUAACGUAACGUAAUGGUCCGACCACCAACAUCGAUGCAAUGCAAGGGUCCAUUCCACCUAUUUUCUAACAUGUUACAGGGUAUAAGAUCAUAAGUACAAACUAUACAGGAAAAAAAUGUUUAUAGAAUCUAUUUUAAAUAACAUGUAUGAUAUUAGUAGCUAGACUAUUCUUAAUUGUGAAAAAUUGAUAAGGCACUUUUAUUUGCACCUUUCUUUAAUUUAAGACAUGUAUAUUUACCUAGUGAUGUGUUGCAUGUAUAAAUACCACGGUUAUGGAGAACGAGUGCUGGAAACCCUAACGCUGCUGAGGGUGGGUGCGUGUUUGCGUGCGUGCGUGUUUGUGUAUUUAUUUGCGCGAGGCGGAGGUUGGUGCUGGGUAAAGGCAGAUCACGUAAUCUAGGGGGGGUUUGUAGCAAACACUCAUCG